GUGCUGGGGAGAGAGGAAGCCAGGACGAGCCAGGGAUCGCUGCGAGCGGACGCCGACAGUCUAUUGCAGAGAGGUGACAAGGUCACAUUUUGAGAAGAAGAUGGAGAGAAGCCCAUGCGUAUUAACUGAAGCCCUGGACAAGGACAAAAUUUCUUGGAAGAGUCUGUAAGACCUCUGCUGUCAGUACCCAUUGAGCACUUCCUGUGAGGCACCGUUGGAAUCGCUUCUGUGUCAUGGAGGCUGAGGCUAACCAACUUCCCAGGAUCACUCAGAAGUUAAGAGUCAGGACCAGACAUUCAUUCUGAUCUCCUGUUUCCUAAAAGUGUGAUGAGUGCAUCCUGAGUCCGAAGACCGUGGGAAUUAGUCAGGAGACCACAAGCAUGUGGUGGAAGCUGCUGAUGAGACCCCAGCCCUGCAGGCUGUGUUCUUUCAGAAGGAUGCAACCAACUCCAAAAUACAAACCUUUCUUAGCUAGCUUCACCUGCACAACCAAUAGACAGUCAAGUGAAGAAAACAAAGGAACGGUGGAAAAGCUCUGUAAACUUUCAGUCGACAUCAGGAAAAUCCGUAGAUUAAAAGGAUGGGUAUUGCUGGAGGCUGAGACCUAUGUUGAAGAAAUUGCAAACAUUUUACAACAACUAGGUGCCGACCAGACAGUGAUAGCCAGUAUUUUGGAACGCUGUCCGGAAGCAAUUGUCUGUAGCCCAGCUGCUGUUGACCAGGAAAGAAAACUCUGGCAGUUGGUCUGCAAAAACGAGGAAGAGUUAAUCAGGUUAAUAAGGCAGUUUCCAGAUUCUUUCUUCACUGUUAAGGACCAGGAAAACCGGAAGCUCAACAUUCGGUUCUUUCAAGAGCUGGGACUAAAGAAUGUGGUCAUUAGCAGAUUUUUGACAACUGCACCUAGUAUUUUUCAUAAUCCUGUUGAGACUAAUAAGCAAAUGAUAAGAAUUCUGCAAGAGAGCUACCUAAAUUUAGGUGGCUCUGAGGCCAACAUGAAAGUUUGGCUACUCAAAUUAUUAAGCCAAAACCCAUUUAUUUUGUUGAAAUCUCCUGCAGUUAUAAAGGAAAUACUAGAAUGUCUCCAGGAGCAAGGUUUCACAAACUUUGAAGUUCUUCAACUUCUGUCCAAACUCAAAGGAUUUCUUUUUCAGCUUUGCCCCAGAAGUAUACAGGACAGUAUUUCCUUUUCUAAGGCUGUUUUGGAAUGCACAGCUGGUGACCUGAAGCAAUUAGUUGUGAAAUGUCCUGCACUUUUAUAUUAUUCUGUUGCAGUUUUAGAAGAGCGGAUUCGGGGACUAUUGAAAGAAGGAAUUUCCACAGCUCAGAUAAAAGAGGCACCAAUGGUUCUGGAAUUAACGCCACAGAUAGUUCAGUACAGGAUAAGGAAAUUGAAUUCCUUGGGCUACAGAAUAAAGGAUGGACAACUGGCAAAUCUGUCUGGAACAAAAAAGGAUUUUGAGGCUAACUUUGGCAAAAUGCAAGCCACAAAAGGAAGGCCGUUAUUUAACCCUGUGGCACCAUUAAAUGUUAAAGAGUGACA